AUGUAUCACUUUGUAUCCGAGCAAACUCCGGAGCUGCGGCUCUCGGCGGAGGCACUGGUCACGAGCCACGUGACGCAGUACCUCAAGGGCUUCCAGCUGGAUGCAGUGCGCUUUCUCUACGAUCGCCUGGCCAGGCGGGAAUUCUGCAUCCUGAACGAUGAGAGUGGCCUGGGCAAACUGGCCACUGUGGCGGCCCUUCUCAGUGCCCUAGAUCCCGCCAAGAAAACUCUCAUAGUGAUCCAGAACGAUGAGCAACUGCUCGCCGGCUGGCGGUUCCACCUGGACACACUCACAGACCUGCAGGUGUACACCAUUCAAGGGGUUCAAGACACCACGGACUCCCCGCACAACGUUUACCUGGCGAAAUGGAGCCAGUUGCGCAGCAUUGGAGAUCUCAGUCGCCUCAACUUCGACUACGUUAUGGUGGACAAUAGGGGGCACUCGCUGAACAACAGCUUCUGCACUUCCAUGCUGCUCAAGCAUUUCGAGGGACGGGUAAACAUGCUUAUCUCCAGUGUUGACAUUACGUCUGACGUAAAGUUGCUCUACAAUGUUUUGCGGUUGGGCGGUCGCCUGGAGCAUCAGUACCGAAGCUUCCAGAGCUUCGACCGCAAGUUCCAUUUGCCAGACCCAAAGGAGGUCUUUAGCAAGCGCAUAGAUCUCGAGGAAUACUACAAGCAGCGGGGAUUCCUCAGCGAGUAUAUCAAAGACUUCCGUCUGCGUCGUUUCCGCCAUCAAUUCGACAAGAGCCUGCCGCUGGUCGCUCCGGAGCAAUACAAACACAAUUUAAACCUCUGGCUGGCCUCGAAAAAUAGCCAAAGCACACUUAGUGGCUCCUCGGAGGUGUGCUCCACGACUGCUUCCAUAGAUAAUAAUAAUCAGCGAAUCGAGUCAGUGCAGCCGGAAGAAACAGACAAGCUAUCCGAGCACAGCGGGGAUGAUGUUGUGGCUAUGUCACCGCUGGUCUUUGAAUCCUCCGACUCCGACGUUGAACCCAUAACAGUGGAACCUGCCGAGGAUCAGAAUCAAAUAUUAGUGCUAUCCAGCGAUGAUUGUGAGAUCGUGACGCCUCCAAAUACGCCGCCAAAUCGAACGCCCUCCUCGAACGAAUCGCCAAGAAUGAAGUCGAAGCGAAAAUUCAGAAAGCGACAGUCGCCACAGAAGAAAGCAGACCUCACCGAUUCCGAGGAGGAUGAUGAAGUGACUGAAGUGGCUCCCAAAAAGAUAACUCGCGCCGUAACUUUUACUCCCAAGACAAGGAAACUCAAUGUGCGUUUGUUAAGGGUUUCCAUGGAUACUUUGAGCACACCACCGCCGUCUGUAAACGCCCCUGCGUUUGCCACGCCCAAAACAGAGCCCUCGGCCAGAAGGAAAAAACAGAGCAAGCAGCCUGUGAGUCCAAUGGAUACAGGUCGUCCGGCUACGCGAGGAAUGCAGCGCUUAACACGCUCCGCUGAAUCGAAAAUACACAGCAAGUACUUAAAGCGCCACACACUGGACGAUGUCAAGCGAAGCACUCCGAAAAGAAACAAGGCUGAGGGGAAUCAAACGCCCAGGACUAGCAAACCCAGGGUGAAGCAGGAAAAGAAGGAAAAGGAACCGAAAGCACCGGAAAAUCCUGCGCAGGAAACUCCCAAGCGAAAGCCAGGACGCCCGAGGAAAGAGCAAAAGAAGGCGAGCAAGAAACCGGAUCCCAAACCCCAGCCACCGACGCCCCAAGUGCUCAGCGGCAGUUCCUUAUCCUCGGAGUACAUGCAGUGUGCUCAGCGAAUACCCGACAAUUUGGAUGCCCUGGAGUCGCCCGCCUUUCGGGUGCCUUUCACCCCUCAGCAAACACCUAUGCUUUUGACCUUGCCGUCUACUUUUAAUUUGCUUAACGACUCGGAGAUGGUGGCCAUUCCGCUAACCAAGGAACAAGCUGAAACAGUGGUGAUUAACAGCUCCCACGAUGAGAGUUCGCCGCAGGAUCCAUCGCAGAGUCGUCGCACCAAGGCUUUGAAAAGGAAGCGCAAACCAGAGACGCCAGUUAGUUCCACUUUUGGCGGCGGCUUGGGAUUGCCACCGCCGCCCAAGAGGAGUGCCAACAAGUCACCGGAUUUGUUCAGCAUCUCGUCGGAUCACUCGCAGAUUCCGCUGGCGCAGCCACGACCCUCCUCUCCCUUCGAAGGCUUCAAGAUCUUCGGCUCCGAGGUGAAGCAGUUCCAGCAGCAGCAUGCCAAAACCAAUGUUGCAGCGCCGAAGAAGAAGCGCGAUCGAUCUUGCUUGGAUAUCCUGGAGCAAAUGUUCGAGCCGCGAGAGCAGCAGCAGGCUAAGAAAACCAGUCCCAAAGUCUUGCCUACUUUGCCACUGACUCAGAAAGAUGAUGACGAGGUGUCCACCAUUACGCAGCGGAGGAGAACCUUGUUGGAGGACGACUUCUUUGAGAUCACCAACAACGGACAGUUUGGCAGCCGAAUGCGCUUGAAUUCGUCUGGCGAGGUAUCACCCAUACAACAGGAUCAACAGUCCGCCAGGCCGUCGCAGGCCAAUAAAAUCACCAAUUACUUGAUAGGUUCUGGAAUUACGCAGGAAAAAACGCAACCCACAAGUGGAACUCGCAACUCCAUCGUUGCUGCGCUGCGAAAGUCUCCCAAAUCGCCUAAAAAUGGCGGCAAACCCACUCAGGCCACCAAGCUUACACGCUGGUUUGGCUCUGUCUUCGGCGGAGGAGCCUCACAGACCAGCUCCGUGGAGUCGAUUAGCGCCCCCAGUACACCAGUUGCUCCUUCCACGAGUGCAGCUGCCUGUAAGACGCGAUCAGCGAGAAGUGGCGGAGCUGCAGGACCCACCAAAAGAAAGCGAUUGGAACUGUUCAAGUAAUGAGCAGGAUAAAUACAGCAACCAUUUGCAGGAAGGCAAUAGAACUAAGUUAACAAAAUCGAAUUCAGUAAUUUUCACGAACGGAUUUUUUAAACAUAAAAUGAAGAAGUUAACCAAG